UCAUCUCCUCCAUCACUUGCUAUCCCUCUGUAUCUCAGGGUUUUACAGAAAACCAUGGCGACUCUGACUCGGUGUCUGGCUCGGUCGCUGCCCGCUCUCUCGUCUCUCAUUUCUCGCUCCACUCCUUCUCUCUCCCUCUCCACCGCCUCUUGUUCCACUUUCUCACUUCUCCGCCUCCGCCCUCUCUCCGCAGCAGCCGUCUCCGUCCUCCGCCACCUCCCUCAAUCGACUAGUGCACGGAGCUUUUCCACUCGCCAAACCUCCUCCUCGCUCAAUGAUCCAAAUCCGAACUGGUCCAACCGGCCCCCGAAGGAGACGAUCUUGCUCGACGGUUGCGAUUUCGAGCACUGGCUUGUGGUGAUGGAGAAGCCGGAGGGUGACCCUACCAGAGAUGAGAUCAUUGACAGCUAUAUCAAAACCCUUGCUAUGAUUGUCGGAAGUGAGGAAGAAGCAAGGAUGAAGAUAUAUUCAGUUUCAACUAGAUGCUACUUUGCAUUUGGUGCCCUUGUAUCAGAAGAGCUUUCCUUGAAGAUCAAAGAAUUACCUCGAGUCCGUUGGGUUCUUCCAGAUUCAUACUUGGAUGUUAAGAAUAAAGACUAUGGAGGGGAACCUUUUAUUGAUGGAAAAGCUGUUCCAUAUGACCCUAAAUACCACGAGGAAUGGAUAAGAAAUAAUGCUCGAGCAAAUGAAAGGAAUAGGCGAAAUGACAGGCCUCGUAAUUUUGAUAGAUCAAGGAACUUCGAAAGAAGAAGGGAAAAUAUGCAGAACAGAGAUUUUCAAGCUCCUAUGCAAAACUCACCUCCCAACAUGGGUGGAGGGCCUCCACCAAACAUGGGUGGAGGGCCACCUCCAAACAUGGGUGGAGGGCCGCCUCCGAACAUGGGCAUGGGUGGAGGACCACCGUCGAACAACUUUGGAGGGCCGCAGAACAACUUUCGAGGAGGGCCACCCAACAACUAUGGAGGGGGAGCGCCACCAAGCAACUAUGGAGGGGGAGCGCCACCAAGCAACUAUGGAGGGGGAGCACCACCAGGCAACUAUGGAGGAGGGGCGCCACCAAGCAACAUUGGGGGAGGAGCGCCACCAAGCAACUAUGGGGGAGGAGCACCACCAAGCAACUAUGGGGGAGGAGCACCACCAAGUAACUAUGGGGGAGGAGCGCCACCAAGUAACUAUGGGGGAGGAGCCCCACCAAGCAACUAUGGGGGAGGAGCACCACCAAACAACUAUGGUGGAGGUAUGCCACAGAGCAAUUUUGGAGGGGGAAUGCCACCUAACAACGCUGGGGGGAAUGCUUCUCAACAACAAUGGUGGAAUGCUGAUCAGCAACCUGGGAGAAAUUCCCAAUAGAGUUACUGCACCAAAUGCAGAGGGUAAAUAUUUUCAAUCAUGAAUGGUGGUGUUUCCAUCAGUUCUCUGUAUUUUUGUUCCAACCAAUCAAGAGGUUCCUGUUAGCACCGAGAUUAACAUAAAUAGACUUCUUUAGCUAUAAUACACUUCAUAUUACUUUGUUCAUUGCGUUUGAAAUCCUUCCUCCAAUAUAUUCUCUCUAAUGCAUUAUAUUUAAACAGCA